AUGUCCAGUAGAUCCGAAGAAAGUCUGUUCAGGGGCGGCGGCUCCGACCGGGACUUGAAGAUGGCUUCUUCCAGCAACACUUCUCCGGAGGGUGGGCCCCCCGCUCCCUUUCACCAUGGCCGGAUUCGGCAGUCUGACAGCAGCACGAGUUUUCUCAGAGCGGCCCGAGCAGGAAAUCUUGACAAAGUGCUGGAGUUUUUGAAAAGUGGUAUUGACAUCUGCACUUGUAACCAGAAUGGGUUAAACGCUCUACACCUGGCAGCCAAAGAAGGACACACAGAUUUAGUGGAGGAGCUUUUAGAUCGAGGAUCACAAGUUGACUCUUCCACAAAGAAAGGAAACACUGCACUCCACAUUGCGGCUUUAGCUGGACAAAAAGAGGUGGUGCGGCUCUUAGUCAAAAGAGGGGCAAAUAUUAACUCCCAGUCACAGAAUGGCUUCACACCACUCUACAUGGCGGCCCAGGAGAAUCAUCUAGAAGUGGUGAAGUAUUUGCUGGAAAAUGAAGGAAACCAAAGCAUCGCAACAGAAGAUGGCUUCACUCCGCUGGCCAUUGCUCUGCAGCAGGGCCAUAACCCUGUGGUGUCCCUGCUGUUGGAGCACGACACAAAGGGAAAGGUCCGACUGCCUGCGUUACACAUCGCCGCUCGCAAAGACGACACCAAGUCUGCGGCACUCCUGCUGCAAAACGACCACAACGCGGAUGUCCAGUCAAAGAGUGGUUUCACUCCUCUGCACAUCGCCGCUCACUACGGUAAUGUGAAUGUCUCCACCUUGUUGCUGAACAGAGGAGCUGCUGUGGACUUCACAGCCAGGAAUGGAAUUACUCCUCUUCAUGUGGCUUCAAAGCGUGGGAACACCAACAUGGUGGCUUUGUUGCUUGACCGAGGCGGUCAGAUUGAUGCCAAAACUCGAGAUGGUCUGACUCCACUUCACUGUGCAGCAAGAAGCGGGCAUGACCCGGCACUGGAGAUCCUUUUGGACAAAGGAGCUCCCAUUCUUGCAAGAACUAAGAAUGGACUGUCUCCUUUGCACAUGUCAGCCCAAGGAGACCACGUGGAGUGUGUGAAGCUCCUGCUGCAACACAAAGCCCCUGUAGAUGACGUCACACUUGACUACCUCACCGCACUGCAUGUUGCCGCUCACUGUGGCCACUACAGAGUCACCAAGCUUCUCCUAGACAAAAAGGCUAACCCUAAUGCAAGAGCAUUGAAUGGAUUCACUCCUCUUCACAUCGCAUGCAAGAAGAACAGAGUUAAAGUGAUGGAGCUUUUGGUUAAAUACGGUGCCUCCAUUCAGGCAAUAACUGAGUCUGGUUUGACUCCCAUUCAUGUAGCUGCCUUCAUGGGCCACCUCAACAUUGUUCUACUUUUGCUGCAAAAUGGAGCUUCACCUGAUAUUCGUAACAUUCGUGGUGAAACAGCACUACAUAUGGCAGCAAGAGCUGGUCAGAUGGAAGUUGUUCGCUGUUUGCUAAGAAAUGGUGCUUUUGUAGAUGCUAUGGCCAGGGAGGACCAAACUCCUCUCCACAUUGCCUCUCGUUUAGGAAAAACAGAUAUAGUCCAGCUCCUGUUGCAGCACAUGGCUCAUCCAGAUGCUGCCACCACCAACGGUUACACUCCGCUCCACAUCUCAGCCCGAGAAGGGCAGGUGGAGACUGCAGCUGUGCUCCUGGAGGCAGGAGCCUCGCACUCGCUUGCCACUAAGAAAGGAUUUACCCCAUUACAUGUAGCAGCUAAAUAUGGAAGCCUUGAUGUAGCAAAACUCCUUCUUCAAAAGAAAGCUCUUACUGAUGAUGUCGGAAAGAAUGGUCUAUCCCCACUCCACGUGGCAGCUCAUUAUGACAACCAGGAAGUGGCGCUGCUGCUUCUUGAUAAAGGCGCAUCACCUCAUGUCACUGCAAAAAAUGGCUACACCCCUCUGCACAUUGCUGCUAAAAAGAACCAACACAACCUAGCACUCUCGCUGCUGCAGUCUGGAGCAGAGACCAACGCUUUGACCAAACAGAGCGUCAGUCCGUUGCACCUCGCAGCUCAGGAAGGACAUGCUGAGAUGGCUGCUCUGCUGAUAGGGAAAGGAGCACAUGUCAAUGCAGCAACUAAAACUGGCCUGACUCCUCUUCAUCUCACUGCCCAAGAGGACAGAGUAAAUGCGGCAGAAGUAUUAGCUAAAAACGACGCUAAUUUAGAUCAGCAAACAAAGCUUGGAUAUACUCCUCUGAUAGUUGCCUGCCACUAUGGAAAUGCCAAGAUGGUUAACUUCUUGUUACAACAUGGAGCCAAUGUGAAUGCAAAAACAAAGAAUGGAUACUCACCUCUUCACCAAGCAGCACAGCAGGGGAACACACACAUCAUAAACGUUUUGUUGCAACAUGGAGCAAAACCAAAUGCUACAACAGUGAACGGAAACACCGCUUUAUCGAUUGCCAAACGUCUGGGUUACAUCUCUGUGGUAGACACCCUGAAAGUGGUAUCAGAAGACAUCAUCACUACCACCACAACAAUAACAGAGAAACACAAGCUGAACGUGCCAGAGACAAUGACCGAAGACUUAGAUGUAUCGGACGAAGAGGCUUUUAGGCUUGAUGACGAGACUUGUUCUGACGGGUCUGUAGAGGUGGAAGGAGAGGAUACAAUGACCGGUGACGGAGGCGAGUACCUGAGAGCUGAAGAUCUCCGAGAGUUGGGAGAUGAUUCACUGCAAGGACAUUAUUUAGAUGGUUUCAGCUACAUGAGCCACAACCUGGACAGCUUUCAUCGGGGAGAAGGAGUUCUUAUUGAACAUAUGAUUUCAAGCCAUCAAGUAUCAGCUCUGUCGAGAGAGGACAAGGAGUCAUUUCGUCUAAGCUGGGGAGCUGAACAUCUAGAUAAUGUGGUGCUGUCUACCACACUGCUGAACUCUGGCCGCUCCACUCCGUGUCUAGACCAUGACAACAGCAGCUUCCUGGUCAGUUUUAUGGUGGAUGCUAGAGGUGGAGCCAUGCGUGGUUGCCGUCACAAUGGGCUUCGUAUUAUUGUUCCACCGAGAAAGUGUUCAGCUCCUACAAGAGUGACAUGCAGGCUGGUGAAGAGGCACCGCUUAGCUUCAAUGCCUCCUAUGGUCGAGGGUGAGGGCUUGGCUGGUCGUAUCAUUGAAGUCGGACCCACUGGAGCUCAGUUCUUAGGUAAACUACAUCUGCCCACUGCUCCACCCCCUCUGAAUGAGGGUGAGAGCCUGGUCAGUCGCAUUCUCCAGCUGGGUCCUCCAGGGACCAAGUUCCUCGGGCCCGUCAUUGUGGAGAUCCCCCAUUUUGCAGCACUGCGGGGCACGGAGAGAGAGCUCGUCAUCUUGAGAAGUGAGACCGGAGAAAACUGGAGAGAGCACCAUUGUGAUUUCACUGAAGAGGAACUCAACCAGAUACUUAAUGGCAUGGAUGAAAAGCUUGAUUCCCCUGAAGAACUGGAGAAAAAAAGAAUAUGCCGAAUCAUCACACGAGACUUCCCCCAGUACUUUGCCGUUGUGUCCCGAAUAAAGCAAGACAGCCAUUUGAUUGGUCCAGAGGGAGGGGUCUUGAGCAGUACCUUGGUUCCUCAGGUCCAAGCGGUGUUCCCUGAAGGAGCACUCACCAAAAAGAUACGAGUGGGUUUGCAGGCUCAGCCAAUUGAUGUUGACACACACGCAAACAGUGAAGAUCAGAGCACAGCCUUCAAUGGCGAGACACCAACUUUAAGAUUGCUUUGCAGUAUUACUGGUGGUACAACUCCAGCACAGUGGGAGGACAUUACAGGAUCUACGCCUUUAACCUUUGUAAACCAAUGUGUUUCAUUUACAACCAAUGUAUCAGCAAGGUUCUGGCUUAUUGACUGCAGACAAACUCAAGAAUCGACAUUAGAUCCUAUUGAGGCCCGACUUCGCUGCUUCUGUAUGACUGAUGACAAGAUGGACAAAACGUUGGAACAGCAAGAGAACUUCACAGAAGUUGCACGCAGCAGAGAUGUCGAGGUGCUGGAAGGAAAACCAAUCUUCGCAGACUGCUUUGGCAAUCUGGUUCCUCUGACCAAGAGUGGACAACAUCAUGUAUUCAGCUUUUUUGCUUUCAAGGAGAACAGAUUAGCCCUUUUCAUAAAGAUUCGUGACACUUCGCAAGAGCCGUGUGGACGUCUGUCUUUUACAAAGGAUCCACGCACCUAUCGCAGUCUUAAUCACAACGCUAUCUGCAACCUCAAUAUUACCCUACCAACAUACUCAAAGGAAUCAGACUCAGACCAAGAUGCAGAUGAUGAGAGUGAAAGAAGCGACAAAAAAUUAGAUUGGCAGGAUGAUACUGACAGAAAAGAGGAGACAUUGACAAUCAUCGCGGAUCUUCUUGGCUUCAGCUGGACUGAGCUUGCUAGAGAACUUGAAUUUAGUGAAGAUGACAUCCAAGUCAUUAGAACAGAAAAUCCCAAUUCACUUCAGGAACAGAGCCACGCCUUGCUUCAGCGCUGGGUUGAAAGGGAAGGGAAACAUGCCACUGAGGAUUGUUUAGUAAAAAGACUAACGAAGAUCAACCGCAUGGACAUAGUACAUCUUAUUGAAACUCAAAUGAACAAGUCAGUCAUCGAACAAACAUCAAGGACCUACGCAGAAAUUGAGAAGACACUAGAUCACAGUGAAGUGUCAGUAGCCUUGUCUUCUGUGCAAGAGGAUGUAGAUAGUCCUAGAAUUAACCUGUUGAACCCUCUCAUUCAGAAAGCUUACAUGAUUUACUCGAGGACCUUGAGAUUCCACAAGAAUUGA